CACGUGCGUGGAUAGGUGUACCCGUUUGGAAAACUGGGGUUCAUAUACCAUCUCCAUCAACCAAAGGGUAGCUUGUUCCCCCAGAUCCUCGCAGACAUGAAGUCCAAAUCGUCUUCUCACAAGUCGGAGAACACGCACAGGUUUCUCACCUUCUCGGAACGCUUAAGCAAUGUAAAUAUUGACAUUAUUCAUCGCAUUGACAGAACAGGGAGUUAUGCUGAGGAGGUUGAAACGUAUUUUCAUGAAGGACUGGAGAAAUGGAGAGAGCUGAACCUUACUCGGCAUUUUGUGACAUUUUAUAGACAGGUAGUCAACAGAUGCCAGUCUUUCAACCAGCUAGUGUACUAUCAAAACGACAUUGUGCAGAGCUUGAAAACCCACCUGCAAGUGAAAAACAGUCUUGCUUUUCAUCCCCUUUUGGACUUGGUGGUACAGUUGGCUCGUGAUCUCCAGACAGAUUUCUAUCCUCAUUUUCAAGACUUUUUUCUGUCCAUCACAAGAUUGUUGGAUACUCAGGACACAGAGCUGCUAGAAUGGGCUUUCACCUCUCUUUCUUACCUUUACAAAUACUUAUGGAGGUUAAUGGUGAAGGACAUGUCCAAUAUUUAUGGAUUGUACAGCACCUUGUUGGCCCACCACAAGCAGCACAUCAGGAACUUUGCUGCAGAAAGCUUCACCUUCCUGAUGAGGAAGGUUUCAGACCAAAAUGCUCUUUUAAACAUAAUGUUCCUUGACCUGGGAGAGCACCCAGAAAAAGUGCAAGGGGUUGGUCAGUUAAUUUUUGAGAUGUGCAAAGGUGUUAGGAACAUGUUCCAUUCCUGCGCUGAAAAGGUUAUAAUGUUAAUUCUGAAAAAAAUGGGGCCAGUUACGGAAACAGAAGUUACGCUUCCCUGGAUCUCUGUUGGAGAAGCUUUCAAGCACAUGGCACAGUCAGCUGCUGGAUUCAUUGGCAAGGAGCACUUUGAUGUCUUUUUCAUAAGCUUGCAAGAAUCAAUACUCAAACUGCAAGGAAAGGUAACCGAAGAUAACUGCUGUGAAGCUUCUGAACAGAUUGAAAGGGUACUGCAAGUGUAUUUGACCAUAGCAGAGUAUGCGCAUGGCUCCAAAAUUGUGCAGUCUGAAGACAUUUGCAAGACAUUAACAAAAAUUAUAGAAACUCCUGAUCUUUCAGUGGCCUGUUGUGACACCCUGCUCAAAGUUAUUUCUGUUUUGCUUCUUGAUGAGAAUGUUUUAUUGCCUGAUUCCUUGGCCAAAGAAACCGUUGAAAAGAUCUUCAAAGGUAGAUUUCAAAGACGUUCCGUUUUGGAUUUUUCUAAAGCUAUGUUUCGGAUGGAUCAGUUUGAAAGGCAAUUUCUUCCCGCUCUCCUUGAGUAUAUUGAGCACUGCAUCUGCGGAGAUGAUGCCGUAGUUCAGGAGGAAGCUUUGGCGGUUUUGGCGAAACUCAUCCUAGAGAAAGCAGAACCUCCCUCUGUUGGUUCAAUGGCCUUUGAGAAGUAUCCCCUUGUUUUUACAGAAUCGGCGAAAGGAAGACAGUUGAGAAGUAAGAAGACCGAAGAAAAAGAACAAAAUACUGUGUUGGAUUACAUCCUGUCUCACAUUCAGUUACUGGAAAACAGAAACCCAGCUGAUCUUUCGCAACCUUGGGCAGCUCUUGUAGUACUUCCUCAUAUUAGACCACUUAACAAAGAGGAAAUCAUACCAGUGGUUAGAAGUUUUGCUGAGUAUCUCUUCACUGCUUUAGACAAAGGACAGCUCUGCAAAGGAAUCUUGUUUGUCGCCUGCCAAGCUGUGAGCACGCUGCUUAGUUUAGCAGAAUCCUUGGAAAUUCUAGAUCUGUUACCAGUGGAGCGCAUAAAGACUCUGUUGAUGGCAUUUCCUUCAGAGCCAUCUGCCUUACUAUUAGCUGAUCUCUAUUGUACAAGAUUAUCAUUGUGUGGUUACCAUGAACACCUGUCCAAAGAGAAUCUGAUGAUAUUGUUUUCCAAGUUGCAAUCAAAUAUUUCAACUGGUGUAUCCAAGGUACGACUGCUGACAAUAAGGAUUUUAAAUCAUUUUGAUGACCUUUUGCCUGCGGGGACUGAGGAUGCGGGCGCUGGGGCGUUGCAGUCUGUAUUUGCUGUGCUCCUUCAAGCUGAACUUGUGCCAGCAAGCAUCAAUGAUUAUCGUGAGAAAUUGCUCCACUUAAGGAAGCUGAGGCAUGAUGCGGUGCAGUGCUUAAUCCCUGAAGGACCUUUACAGGAGGUGCCUCUUCGGUAUUUACUGGGAAUGCUUUAUAUCAACUUCACUCCGUUAUGGGUUCCUGUGACUGAGCUCAUAGCCUCUCAUGCAAAUGAAAUGGAGAACAAGCAGUUCUGGAAAGUCUACUGUGAACAUUUGGAAAAAGCUGUGGCCUAUGCUGAAAGAGAGAUACAUAAUGACCUGGAAGAAGCGCAAGUGGGCUUUAUAGAUGUGGAAACAGAGGAAGUCCAUGUAGGAGAUGUCAGAACUUUGUAUUUUGAGCAGCUGAAAUGUCAGACAUGCUGCAGUGAGAGGAUGGAUCAUGCAAAUUUUAGGCUUCUGCUUUGGAAGGCAAUGUCAAAAUUUCCAGACAGAGUGGAGCCCAGAUCAAGAGAACUUUCUCCACUUCUCUUAAGGUUUAUUAACAAUGAAUAUCAUCCUGCAGAUUCCCUCGUAGCUCCAGUGCAAGAUGUCAGAAAGAAAAGCAGUGGUCAUGGUGUCAAAGAAAGUCUCACUGAGGAAAUAAAUCCACCUACCAUGAAUGACGAUAAGAAGGAUGACGAGGAGGCAGAAAAACAGACUUCUGAAGAGCCAAUGACUGAGGAGAUGCCAAAAAAGAAGACGAGAAGAGCCGCAGCGAGACAGCUCAUUGCCCACUUGGAAGUAUUCGCCCGGUUUUCAAAUCCACGUGCAUUGUAUUUAGAACCAAAGUUAAAUGAAAUAUACACUCAGCUGCUGACGCAUCAAGACCAGAAUGUGCAGAAAGUAGCUCUUGACUGUAUCAUGACUUAUAAGGAUCCACACUUACUGCCAUACAGAGAGAACUUACAACGGCUAUUGGAGGACAAGAGCUUUAAGGAAGAAAUAGUCCAUUUCAGCAUUUCUGAAGAAAACACUGUUGUUAAAGCACUCCACCGACCAGCACUUGUUCCUGUUGUAAUGAGGAUUCUGUAUGGUCGGAUGCGAAACAAAACUGGAAGCAAAACGCAGGGAAAGUCUGCUGCGGGGACCCGUAUGGCUAUUGUUUUGAGAUUCCUCGCUGGCUCACUGCCUGAAGAGAUAAGAAUGUUCCUGGAUCUGCUUUUUGAGCCUGUGAAACACUUCAGUAAUGGACAUUGCCACUCUGCAGUGCUCCAAGCAAUGGAAGAACUGGACUUAUCCCGAGUCCUGCCUCUAGGCCGCCAGCAUAGCCUUUUCAACAGCUUGGAAGUUGUAUUGAAAAACAUGGGACAUCUGAUCACUCAAUACCUACCUGAGAUUUUACAGAUUUUACUCUGCAUGAUGGCAACAGUAUCCCACAUUCUUCAGCAAAGAGAAAAGAUUCAAAUCAAAUUGAUUAACCCGUUGAAAAACUUGAGGCGGCUUGGACUUAAACUGAUAGCUGAUUUUUUCUCUGACUUUGAAAGUUACAACUUUAGUGUGGAAGAGAUUGAUGCAGUUUUUCAUGCAGUGAUAUGGCCUCAGAUCACCAGGCUGGCCUUCGAGAGCCAAUAUUCUCCUACUGUUUUACUCAAAAUCCUUCACAUCUGGAGCAAAAGCCCCAGGUAUUUCCCUUUGCUGGCCAAGCAGAAGCCAGGACAUCCAGAAUAUGAUAUAUUAUCCAAUUUGUUUGCUCUGCUCUCCGCCAAAAGCCUAUGUGAGUCAACAGCUGGUGUUGUGAUGGAUGUGGUUGACAGCCUUCUCAACACAGAUGACUUUGAGCCUACAGACCACCUUUGCAGCUUAACCGUGGCCGAAUGUGUCUUUGUAGAAGUUGGCGAAAUGACAGGAGAUGUUCCCAGCAUGGGUAUCAGGCUAAUUCUGCCCCAUGUCCCUGCAAUUCUUCAGUAUCUGAGCAAAACGAUGUUCAGUGUGGACAAGAUGAAGAAGAAAAAGUAUAGAGCCCAAGUCAGUAAAGAACUCAGCAUUCUGUCAAAAAUCAGCAAGUUUAUAAAAGAUAAGAGUCAGAGUUCCAUCCUGAUUGGUCUUCUCCUUCCUUUCCUACACCAGAGUAAUAUUAUGCAGGAUACAGAGAUUGACAUCCUGGAAACAGUGCAAAACCUACUGAGACAUUGCUUGAAUCCUGCAAGCUUCCUCAAGCCACUGGCAAAACUGUUUUCUGUUGUUCAGAACAAAUUGUCUCGUCAGACACUCUGCAUUGUUUUUGAGACUCUAUCAGAUUUGGAGAAUAACCUAAAAUACAUUACAGAUACAGUUAAGUUGAAUGCUUUUGAUUCACGACAUCUUGAUGAUAUCAAUUUUGACGUCCGGCUGUCAGCAUUCCAAAAAAUCACUUCUCAUGUCAAGGAGAUGAAAACGGUGGAUGUCAGCUAUCUCAUUCCAGUUAUGCACAACUGCUUCUACACCAUACAGUUAGGGGAGAUGUCUCUAAGUGACAGUGCCAUUCUCUGCCUGAAUGCAAUUAUUACCCUGUUUGCUGAAAUUGAUCACACAGAAGACGAAUUCAAGGAAAUAAUCCAGCACACUCUUCUGGAAGCAUUGAGAAAAGGGCUAAAGAACAAGACUGAGUGCAUUCAGCAAGAUUACACUUCCUUACUCUCCUGCUUGAUUCGAACAUUUUCGAAACACCCAGAGUUUCAGGACUUGGUCCAGCUGACUGACUGGCAUGAUCCAGAGAUGGACUUCUUUGAAAAUAUGAAACAUAUUCAGAUCCACAGAAGAGCACGAGCCUUGAAGAAACUGGCUAAGCAACUAGCUGAAGGGAAAACUGAAUUGUCUUCCAAAUCUCUUCAAAACUACAUUAUGCCUUAUGCGACCACUACUAUAUUUGAUGAAAAAAUGCUUAAGCGUGAAAAUAUGAUAACUGCUUCAGUCGAAAUGGUAGGAGCUGUUUGCAGGCAUCUUUCUUGGUCAGCGUACCUCUAUCACUUGAAACAUUUCAUACACGUCUUGCAAACUGGACAGAUCAAUCAAAAACUGGGUGUCAGUGUGCUAGUUAUGGUUCUGGAGGCUUUUCAUUUUGACCAUGAAACUCUUGAAAAGCGGCUUGAGAUGAUUCAAAAGGAAGCUGAUGCAGAAGCCACGGAGGUCGAGCCUGAAGUGGAGUGUGAAGCUAUGGAGGUGGAACUUAGUGAUGGAGAAGAAGGCCAAGAAAACAGCAAGGACCUUUCUGAGGAUGUCCAUGAAGAGAAGGAGCCUGGUGCAGCUCAGCCUGAUCAGUCUGCUAAUGAAGAAGCUGAGGACUCCCAGAAAGCUGCAAAACCAAUUUCCUUCCUGCCCAAGAAUAAGGAAGAAUUGGAGUAUUUGAUUAAGCACAUUCAAGAAACAGUAACGGGCAAUAUCUUACCAAAGUUGCACAGGUGCCUCAUUGCAAAGGUAAAGAGAGAUGAAGAGCACAAGCUUGUGAAAUCCAAGGUUGUGAAUGACGAAGAGGUGGUCCGGGUACCCCUAGCUUUUGCAAUGGUCAAGCUGAUGCAGACUCUUCCGCAGAACGUCAUGGAGGGGAAUUUGCCAAGCAUUCUCCUGAGAGUCUGCUCUCUUUUGAGGAACAGAGCACAGGAAAUCCGAGACAUUGCACGUAACACCCUGAUGAAAAUAAUGGAGGCUUUGGGAGCCCAAUACCUACAAUAUGUCUUAAAAGAGAUGCACUCAAUCCUCGUCCACGGGUACCAGGUCCAUGUGUUGACUUUCACUGUCCAUCUCUUGCUGAAGAGCCUCGCUGGUAUUCAGCUUAAAGUCGGGGAUUUGGAUCCCUGUGUAGAACUGAUGAUUGAGAUUUUCAACCAUGAACUCUUUGGAGAAGUUGCUGAGGAGAAGGAAGUGAAAGGCAUAAUAUCCAAAGUCAUGGAGGCCCGCAGAAGCAAGAGUUAUGAUUCUUAUGAAAUCCUUGCCAAAUAUGUAGGAAAGGACCAAGUGACUAAGCUUAUUCUUCCUUUGAAAGAGAUUUUGGAGAAUACCACAAGCCUAAAGUUGUCUCGGAAGGUGCACGAAACUUUACGCCGCAUUGUGUCUGGACUGAUAAUGAACGCAGCAAUGACUGCAGAAUCUAUUCUUCUGCUCAGCCAUGGCUUGAUUAGCGAAAAUCUACCAUUGCUAACAGAGAAAGCAAAAACGAAAGCUCCGGCUCCUCCAGAUCCUCGUUUGCAACCAGCGAGCUGCCUCUUGCUUCCGCCUACUCCAGUUCGAGGAGGGCAAAAAGCUCCUGUGAGCAGAAAGACCAACAUGCACAUCUUGGUGGAAUCUGGGCUACGGCUGCUGCACAUGAGCCUGAAGAGGUCCAAAAUAAAUUCUUCAGAUGAGCAUGUUUUAGAAAUGUUGGAUCCUUUUGUAGAGCUGCUUAUCAACUGCCUUCAGUCUACAGAUGUUAAGGUGACCACAGGCGCUCUUCAGUCUCUUCUCUGGGUUUUAAAGUUUCCGCUACCUGCAGUAGAUAAGAAUAUAGAACAGCUAACCAAGCAGCUUUUCCUUCUGCUGAAGGAGUUUGCCAAACCAGGAGCAGCAAAAGGCCAGAAUUUUCAUUUGGUGGUAAAUUGUUUCAAAUGUGUAACUCUGCUUGUAAGGAAUGCGAAGAGUCAUAUAACAGACAAACAACUGCAAGUAUUGCUUGGAUAUGCUGAAGAAGAUAUCUAUGACUCGUUACGGCAAGCCACAGCCUUUGGCCUCUUAAAGGCUAUUUUAUCCAGAAAACUGAUCGUUCCAGAAAUCGAUGGUGUCAUGCAGAAGGUUGCAAACUUUGCCAUCACAGGCCAAAGUGAGCAAGUUCGAAUCCAGUGCAGACAGAUAUACCUGAAAUAUAUUCUUGAUUAUCCCCUUGGUAAAAAGCUGAAAGCUAAUCUUGAGUAUAUCUUCGCCCAGCUCAAUUAUGAAUAUGAGACCGGAAGAGAGUCUGCUUUGGAAAUGAUUGCUUACCUCUUUGAAACUUUCCCUCAGGGUUUAUUGCAUGAGUUUUGUGGGCUAUUCUUUGUUCCAUUGUGUAUGAUGGUAGUAAACGAUGACUCUGCAAAGUGCAAAAAGAUGGCAGCCCUGGCGAUCAAAAGUCUCCUCAGUAAGAUUAACCCUUCAAAUCGAGACCUGAUGUUUUCCCUGCUUACCUCAUGGUUCAAGAGUGAAAAGAGCGUACACAAGAGGUUAGCCACUCAUGCCUGUGGUGCCUUUGUGGAAGCCGAGGGUGUCGAAUUUGAAAAAAGACUUGGAACCAUUCUUCCCGUGAUUGAGAGAGAGAUGGAUCCUUCAAAUUUUGAAGAUGUUACAGAAGAGGCUGAAGAAAAAGCUGCGGACAGAUUGCUGUUCAGCUUCCUUACUUUGAUCAUUAAACUAAUCAAGGAGUGCAAUAUUGUUGAAUUAAACAAACACAAUGAGAUUCUGAGCAACAUUUGGGGUCAUGUCCAGUCCCAUUUAUGGUACCCUCAUAGUUGGGUGUGGUUGACUUCUGCUCAGAUUUUUGGCUUGUUGUUUGGUUCUCACAAGCCAGAAGAUCUUGUUAAUAAAUGGAGUAAAAGAAAGCUGGAAAAGAGCCAAGGAAUGCCUACAGAGCCAUCAGCAACUACCUUCUUAACAGAAGAACUAGACAAAAAGAUGAAAACACUUGCUUUAGCCUUUUGCCAUCAGCUGAAGUCCAAAUUUCUGGAUCCAUCCCUUGGAGAACAGGUUGUAAAGAAUUUGUUGUUUAUAGCCAAAGUACUGUACCUUCUGGCUCCUUCUCCAGAAGAUGGCAAAGAAAUCAGUGAGGAGGUAGGUCAGGAACCUGAGGAUCAGGGUGACUCGGGAGAUGAAGAUGAAAAUGAGACUUCAGCUCUGGAGGUGAAGGAAGCCAAAGAGAAAAACAACCCAGCCACUCUAUUGUGGGUGAUGAAAAGACUCUCUGUAAUGGCAACACGAGAAGCUGCAUAUUCACCCAAAGACCCUUUAAAGAGAACCUGCAUCUUUAAAUUCCUUGGUGCUAUUGCAGUGGAUCUUGGGAAAGACAGAGUAAAGCCAUACCUUCCAACAAUCAUAGCCCCUCUUUAUAGAGAACUCAGCAGCACCUAUGCAGAGCAAGAUCCAACUCUGAAGAAUCUUUCUCAAGAAAUCAUAGAGUUACUAAAGAAACUGGUUGGUCUGGAAACCUUCUCAGUUGCAUUUGCUUCUGUGCAAAAGCAAGCCAGUCAAAAGAGAGCUAUCCGAAAGAAACAGAGAGCUCUGGAGGCGGUGGCUAAUCCUGACAUUGCUGCCAAGAAGAAGUUAAAAAGACACAAGAAUAAAAUGGAAGCAAAGAAGAGAAAAAUAGAAUUUUUGCGGCCUGGUUACAAAGCCAAAAAACCAAGAAGCCACACGUUGAAAGACUUGGCGAUGGUAGAGUGAAAAAUGAACACUUCACUCUUGUUACAAAUAUGGUUGCUUAUCCUGCAUAGAGCAUGAGGCAGAAAACCUCUGAGGACUCUGACAAAAUAAGAACUGCAGUUCAGCAGGGUCUUUACUAGGCUCUAUUUAGGAGAUAUUUCAACUGAAUUUCUGUAACUUAAGGCAGUAUUUACCGGAGACUUAAAAUCACAUCAUGGCCUUUUAAAGUUCAAAGUUGUUGCAGGAAGGAUAGACCUCCUGAACAGACAAAAAAGAUACAUUCAUAUAGAUUACUAAAUAUUUAUUUGUAAUUUUAAUGUAUACAGAUUGUUUAACUGAUACAUUGGGAAAAUUGUAAGGUACUAUCAUUUCAGUAAGAAGAUGCUUUAAGGCUAGCUUUUUUACUUGCCCUUUCAGAGGUCCAGAGUUCAUUGUACAGUGAUGUACAGAUGGUGUUAAUACAC